CUCGUUAUUUGAUUAGUAACGAAUUCUACUGCGCUACUAAACGGAACGAAUUUUUUUCUAAUCGAAAUUUUUACGUAAUUUGUGGUCUUGAAUAAGUAAUAUUUUUUUUUGUUUUUCGUGCGUUGAAAUAUUUUCGAAUUUUGGUCGUCUUUCGUGAGAAUUAUAGAACGAAAGAAUGUCGUGGAAACCGCCACAGCAUUUCAAUGCUCCUCAAACCGUCGCAUACCAACAACCACCUCCGCAGAAAUUGCAUAACGGUAAUUUAGGACCAAAUUUUAACUACUCGAAACCGACCAAUUUAUCGAACUCUGCAGUACUACGAAUGCUACAAGAACAAGAAAAUGAUUACACAACGUGCGGAUCAAUUAAGAAAGAGGUUAUUUGGCCACCACCGCACGACGAACUAGAAGGCGAAGACGUAUCUAAUAACGAUCCUUACUUCAAUUCGCAGAACGGCAAUCCCUACGAAGACUCUUAUCGAAAACCUCAAAAAAGAUUUGAACCACCACCGACCGUAAUUAGACUACGAGAAUCUCCACCAAUCACCCAACAUUUAGCUCCCGUAUUCAAAUCGCAACCCGCAGCAGACACCGUAAGAGGAGGAUUCAGAAUGCGAGGAGAUCAAAAAUGGCCACCACCAGAAUACAAAGUCCAGGCCGAAGCUGAAAAUCAAGCCAGAGUGGAAUUAGCUCGCGGUCCUGCUUGCAGACCUUUGAAAGUAAAAAAAGAUUACUCGUCAUUUUUUGCGAAAAAUGCGCUGCCAAACACGUACCCCGGUUAUAAAAUUCCACCGGGUACGCAGCAUUAUGAGAAGCCACCUGUGACGCAAUUUUGAUGUGAUUUUUUUGUUGUUUUUUUUACGUUUUUCUGAUAUAAUUCCUUUAUAAAAAUAAGUUUAAGUAAAACGUAAUUUUGUUGUUUACAUUUUUAAGACUCGAUUGAGAAAUCAUGGCAGCUGAUUUUCAUUUCAAUUUUUUUUUCUUCUUCACAAAAAUAUAAAAUAAUAUUAUUCUUUAUCAAUUUAUACUGGAUUUGCUCUCGAUCUACAACAUUUCAUGUUAAACUUUCACUUCAAAAUAUUAACGCUUUUAACGGCUUACCAUCGUUUAUCCUUGAAUAACUGUUUGUAACUGCUCAUUGAAAUUGUGAUUUAUGGAAUAAAUAUGAUUAAGGUGG